AUGAGCACAUAAGCUUCAAUGAUGGAAUUUAAAUGUGUAAAAUUACUUAAGACCUAAGGAGAUUAAGAUGGAGUAAUUCCUGAUUCUGAUUAAGAAGAAAAAUUGAAGAAUCCGUACAAUAAUGUGAGACCUAAAUCAUGCAUGAGGCCUAGAAAACGUUUGAGAUUCAGUAGAGUAAAUCAUAUUUACCACUACUAGAAUGGAACUUAUAGAGAGAUGUCAACCUCUUAAAUAAGAUAAACUUAGAUACCUAUUCAUUCUAUACUUAAAACCAAGGGAAACUCCACUUAUUGA